AGCCAGGAAGCCCUCCUCCCGGGAGAACUCGGAGCCCAGUGCAGGCGGGGCCGCCAGGGACUGCACCUGGCUGCCCGGAGCCUGGGGGAGGCUGCCUGCAAGCAUUCCAGCUCAUGGCAGCCCCGGAAUGAAGGCCGCCACCGCCUCUGAAGCUGCAGAGCAAAUAAGAAGCAAGCCCUGGACCCGAGGAGGAGCGGCCGAGCAUCUCCGCUCUGCACAGCCCUUUAAAUGAGGACUCCCUGCCGGCGCCAGCCGUGGAUCUGCAGCCUUCCUGCGCCCCUGACCUCCCGCUUACAUCACCAACCGGUGACAGGCACCUCUCCGCGCCCUACCUGCUCCUCCCAGGCCCACUCCUCAAGCCUCUUUGUAUGCUGCAGACAUGGCCAGCCAGCAGGACUCAGGCUUCUUUGAAAUCAGCAUCAAAUAUUUACUGAAAUCCUGGAGCAACACUUCUCCAGUUGGCAACGGUUACAUCAAGCCUCCAGUUGCCCCCGUUUCCGGCACUCAGAAGGAGAAAGGGCCACCCACCAUGCUCCCCAUCAGUGUGGACCCAGACAGCAAGCCAGGAGAAUAUGUCCUCAAGAGUCUGUUCGUCAACUUCACCACUCAGGCCGAGCGCAAGAUCCGCAUCAUCAUGGCCGAACCCCUGGAAAAGCCACUGACAAAAUCUCUACAACGUGGAGAAGACCCCCAGUUUGAUCAAGUCAUCAGCUCAAUGAGUUCCCUGUCUGAGUACUGCCUACCUUCCAUUCUUCGUACGUUAUUUGACUGGUAUAAAAGGCAAAAUGGUAUUGAGGAUGAAUCACAUGAAUACAGACCAAGAACAAGCAAUAAAUCAAAAAGUGACGAACAGCAACGAGAUUAUUUAAUGGAAAGACGGGACCUUGCCAUUGAUUUUAUUUUUUCUUUAGUAUUAAUAGAAGUUUUGAAACAGAUUCCCCUUCAUCCUGUAAUAGACAGUUUAAUACAUGAUGUUAUUAAUUUGGCUUUCAAGCACUUUAAAUACAAAGAAGGGUACUUAGGUCCCAACACUGGCAAUAUGCACAUUGUGGCAGACCUGUAUGCUGAAGUCACUGGAGUGUUGGCACAAGCUAAAUUCCCUGCCGUAAAGAAGAAAUUUAUGGCAGAGCUAAAAGAAUUACGGCAUAAAGAGCAGAGCCCGUAUGUGGUUCAAAGCAUUAUCAGCUUGAUAAUGGGGAUGAAAUUCUUUCGGAUUAAGAUGUAUCCAGUGGAGGACUUUGAGGCUUCUCUUCAGUUUAUGCAGGUAAUGUCCUGGGCAGGGGAGCCAAGGACCAUCAGCUUGAACAACAAUAAAGACCCCAAGAUGGCUCGAGUUGCCUUGGAAUCUCUGUACCGACUGCUUUGGGUUUACAUGAUUCGCAUCAAAUGUGAGAGCAACACAGCCACUCAGAGCCGACUUAUAACCAUCGUCACAACACUUUUCCCCAAAGGGUCCCGCGGUGUGGUACCAAGAGAUAUGCCUCUGAACAUCUUUGUGAAAAUCAUCCAGUUCAUUGCCCAGGAGCGUUUAGAUUUUGCAAUGAAAGAAAUCAUUUUUGAUUUUCUUUGCGUGGGAAAACCAGCAAAAGCCUUCAGUCUCAGUCCAGAGAGAAUGAACAUUGGUUUGAGGGCAUUCUUGGUCAUAGCUGACAGCUUGCAGCAGAAAGAUGGCGAACCUCCCAUGCCAGUGACAGGCGCUGUUCUUCCUUCAGGAAACACGUUGAGAGUGAAGAAAACAUACUUGAGUAAAACUCUAACGGAAGAGGAAGCUAAAAUGAUAGGCAUGUCAUUGUAUUACUCUCAAGUACGAAAAGCUGUGGACAACAUUUUAAGGCACCUUGAUAAAGAAGUAGGAAGGUGUAUGAUGCUAACCAACGUCCAAAUGUUGAACAAAGAACCUGAAGACAUGAUCACGGGUGAGAGAAAGCCAAAAAUUGAUCUUUUCAGGACCUGUGUUGCUGCCAUUCCUCGGCUGCUUCCUGACGGGAUGUCAAAGCUUGAACUGAUCGACUUGCUAGCUAGGCUCUCGAUCCACAUGGACGACGAACUGCGACAUAUUGCACAAAACUCUCUGCAGGGUUUACUGGUUGACUUCUCAGACUGGAGAGAAGAUGUUCUGUUUGGCUUUACCAACUUCCUGCUGCGUGAAGUCAAUGACAUGCAUCACACACUCCUUGAUUCAUCCCUGAAGCUUCUGCUCCAGCUGCUCACCCAGUGGAAACUGGUCAUCCAAACUCAGGGAAAAGUCUACGAGCAAGCCAACAAAAUUAGGAGCUCAGAGCUCAUUCCCAACGGAUCCAGCCACAGAACGCAGUCAGAGCGUGGCCCCCACUGCAGCGUCCUCCACGCCGUCGAAGGGUUUGCCCUGGUUUUGCUCUGCAGUUUCCAGGUCGCCACACGCAAGCUGUCCGUUUUAAUCCUCAAGGAAAUCCGAGCCUUAUUUAUCGCCCUGGGUCAGCCUGAGGAUGACGACAGGCCUAUGAUUGAUGUGAUGGAUCAGCUGAGUUCCUCCAUCCUUGAAAGUUUUAUUCACGUGGCCGUUUCGGAUUCAGCCACCUUACCGCUGACCCAUAGUGUGGAUCUGCAGUGGCUGGUCGAGUGGAACGCAGUCCUGGUCAACAGCCAUUACGAUGUAAAAAGCCCUUCCCACGUCUGGAUCUUCGCCCAGUCUGUCAAAGACCCCUGGGUGCUCUGCCUCUUCAGCUUCCUUCGGCAGGAAAACUUGCCCAAGCACUGCCCCACGGCCCUCAGCUACGCCUGGCCCUAUGCUUUCACUCGGCUCCAGUCCGUCAUGCCUCUGGUGGACCCAAACAGCCCGAUCAACGCCAAGAAAACCAGCAGUGCCGCCAGCAGCGCAGACAGCUAUGUUACCUUGUGGAGGAACUACCUUAUUCUUGGCUUUGGAGUCGCCAAGCCCAGCGUCAUGAGCCCCGGCCACUUACGAGCUUCCACUCCAGAAAUCAUGGCGACCACGCCCGACGGUACAGUGAGCUACGAUAACAAGGCCAUAGGCACCCCGUCGGUGGGCGUUCUGUUAAAGCAGUUGGUACCUUUGAUGAGACUAGAGAGCAUUGAGAUCACGGAAUCACUGGUCUUGGGAUUUGGAAGGACGAAUUCCCUUGUUUUCAGAGAAUUGGUAGAAGAGCUUCAUCCAUUGAUGAAAGAGGCUCUAGAACGAAGACCAGAGAACAAGAAACGGCGAGAGCGGCGGGAUUUGCUGAGGCUGCAACUACUUAGAAUUUUUGAACUUCUGGCUGAUGCUGGUGUGAUAAGUGACAGCACAAAUGGAGCCUUAGAACGGGACACGUUAGCCCUCGGAGCUCUGUUCUUAGAAUAUGUGGACUUGACCCGGAUGCUCCUAGAAGCUGAAAACGAUAAAGAAGUUGAAAUCCUUAAAGAUAUCCGGGCGCAUUUUAGCGCAAUGGUCGCCAACUUGAUCCAGUGUGUUCCAGUUCACCACAGAAGAUUUCUGUUCCCACAGCAAAGCCUGAGGCACCAUCUCUUCAUCUUAUUUAGCCAGUGGGCGGGCCCCUUCAGCAUUAUGUUCACCCCUCUGGAUCGGUACAGUGACAGGAACCACCAGAUCACAAGAUACCAAUAUUGUGCAUUAAAGGCAAUGUCAGCAGUAUUAUGCUGUGGCCCGGUCUUUGACAACGUGGGUCUUUCCCCAGAUGGCUACCUAUAUAAGUGGCUUGACAACAUUCUGGCUUGUCAAGAUUUACGAGUUCAUCAGCUUGGCUGUGAAGUUGUCGUCUUACUAUUGGAACUUAACCCUGACCAAGUAAAUCUUUUUAAUUGGGCCAUUGACCGUUGCUACACAGGAUCCUACCAGCUGGCGUCUGGCUGCUUCAAAGCCAUAGCGACUGUGUGUGGAAGCAGGAACUAUCCCUUCGACAUAGUGACAUUGUUAAACCUUGUACUAUUCAAGGCCUCUGACACCAACAGAGAGAUUUAUGAAAUUUCCAUGCAGCUUAUGCAGAUCCUUGAAGCAAAGCUUUUUGUAUACUCGAAGAAAGUGGCCGAGCAGAGACCUGGCAGCAUCCUGUAUGGCACGCAUGGCCCAUUGCCCCCCCUCUACAGGGUGUCUCUGGCACUCUUGUCCUGUGAACUGGCCAGGAUGUACCCUGAGCUCACGCUUCCUCUCUUCUCAGAGGUGAGCCAGCGGUUCCCCACGACUCAUCCAAAUGGACGUCAGGUCAUGCUCACCUACCUGCUCCCCUGGCUGCACAACAUCGAGCUGGUGGACAGCAGGCUCCUGCUCCCGGGCUCCAGCCCCAGCAGCCCGGAGGACGACACCAAGGACCGGGAAGGGGAAGUGACUGCCUGCCACGGGCUGAAAGGGAGUGGCUGGGGCUCUCCUGAAGCCACCUCGCUGGUCCUGAAUAACCUCAUGUACAUGACGGCCAAGUACGGAGACGAAGUCCCUGGGCCGGAAAUGGAGAACGCUUGGAACGCCUUAGCCAACAACGAGAAGUGGAGCAACAACCUGAGGAUAACCCUGCAGUUUCUUAUCAGCCUGUGUGGGGUCAGCAGUGACACAGUCCUCUUGCCCUAUAUUAAAAAGGUGGCCAUAUACCUGUGCCGUAACAACACCAUGCAAACCAUGGAAGAGCUGCUCUUUGAGCUGCAGCAGACGGAGCCAGUCAACCCCAUCGUCCAGCACUGUGACAACCCACCCUUCUACCGCUUUGCAGCCAGCAGCAAGGCCUCCGCUGCGGCCUCUGGUAGGACAGGGCAUGGGGUAGAUGUCUUGUCACAUGUCCCUGGAUUUCCUUCAUGUCGAGCAAUGAAAGGAUAUAAGUGUGUGUGUGUGUCCCUUUUCUCUUCUGCCUGUGUGUACAUCCACGUGAGAGAUGAUUGGAGAUGCCUGGAAGAUAUACCCACAUUCACGUCCCAGGAGAAGGAGAACAGAAAUCUUCUCUCGCAGAAAAUAAAGCACACUUUUCUUUCUCACCCUACAGCUGAUCCAGUGUCUCCCUAUGCGAGCUGGUUGUUGACUAUCACGGAGACCAAGCAGCCACAGCCCUUACCGAUGCCUUGUACUGGGGGAUGCUGGGCACCCCUGGUUGACUACCUCCCAGAAACCAUCACUCCACGGGGGCCACUCCAUCGGUGCAAUAUUGCUGUCAUUUUUAUGACUGAGAUGGUGGUGGAUCACAGUGUGAGAGAAGAUUGGGCUCUUCAUCUACCAUUAUUACUUCAUGCUGUCUUCUUAGGUUUGGACCAUUACCGGCCCGAAGUCUUUGAACACAGCAAAAAACUGCUUCUCCACCUCCUGAUCGCCCUGUCUGGCAACAGCAGCUUCCACGCCAUUGCGUCUGUGCUGCUGCAGACUCGAGAGAUGAGUGAAGCCAAGACCCUGACCGUCCAGCCAGGUUACCAACCCGAAUAUCUCUACACAGGUGGCUUUGACUUCCUGCGAGAGGACCAGUCCUCGCCACUGCCCGACUCGGGGCUGAGCUCCAGCUCCACCUCGUCCAGCAUCAGCCUGGGAGGCAGCAGCGGGAACCUCCCGCAGAUGACGCAGGAGGCGGAAGAUGUGGACGCGGCCGCCGAGACGGAUGAGAAGGCAAACAAGCUCAUUGAGUUUCUGACGACCAGGGCAUUUGGGCCUCUUUGGUGCCAUGAAGACAUCACACCCAAAAAUCAAAAUUCAAAGAGUGCUGAACAGCUCACCAAUUUCCUACGCCACGUCGUGUCUGUGUUUAAAGAUUCCAAGUCAGGUUUCCAUCUGGAGCAGCACCUGAGUGAAGUUGCAUUACAGACGGCCCUUGCCAGCUCUUCCAGGCACUAUGCCGGGCGGGCCUUCCAGAUCUUCAGGGCUCUCAAACAGCCUCUGUCAGCCCACGCCUUGUCCGACCUUCUCUCAAGGUUGGUGGAGGUGAUUGGAGAACAUGGAGACGAGAUCCAGGGUUAUGUCAUGGAAGCACUCCUGACCUUGGAAUCGGCUGUGGAUAACUUGUCUGAUUGCUUGAAGAACAGUGAUCUCUUGGCUGUAUUGUCUCGCUCAUCAUCACCGGAUUUAAGCUCUAGCACAAAACUAACAGCAAGCAGAAAGAGCACAGGACAACUCAAUGUGAACCCAGGAACUGCUGGUGGCAGCACAGCUACUGCAGAACGCAGCCGGCAUCAGAGAAGCUUCUCUGUCCCCAAGAAGUUUGGUGUCAUAGACCGAUCUUCAGACCCACCUCGAAGUGCUACACUGGACAGAAUCCAGGCUUGUACCCAGCAAGGCCUCUCCUCAAAAACCAGGAGCUCAUCCUCUUUGAAAGACAGCCUGACUGACCCAUCCCACAUCAACCAUCCAACCAACCUGUUGGCCACCAUCUUCUGGGUCACGGUGGCCUUGAUGGAGUCUGACUUUGAGUUUGAAUACGUAAUGGCCUUAAGGCUCCUGAGUAGACUCCUGGCUCAUAUGCCGCUGGAUAAAGCUGAGACCCGAGAAAAACUUGAGAAACUCCAGGCGCAGCUCAAGUGGGCUGACUUCUCGGGAUUGCAGCAGCUACUGCUGAAAGGAUUCACGUCCCUCACCACCACAGACCUGACCCUGCAACUCUUCAGUUUGCUGACACCAGUGUCCAGAGUACCCAUGGUAGACUCAUCCCAGGCUAUUGGGUUUCCACUGAAUGUCUUGUGUCUCCUGCCCCAGCUGAUCCAGCAUUUUGAAAACCCCAAUCAGUUCUGUAAGGAUGUGGCCGAAAGGAUUGCCCAGGUUUGUUUGGAAGAGAAGAACCCCAAGCUUUCGAAUCUUGCACACGUUAUGACUCUGUAUAAAACGCACAGCUACACGAGGGACUGUGCCACGUGGGUCAAUGUGGUCUGUCGCUACCUUCAUGAAGCAUAUGCUGACAUUACCUUGAACAUGGUGACCUACCUGGCAGAGCUGCUGGAGAAGGGCCUCCCUAGUAUGCAGCAGUCCCUGCUCCAGGUGAUGCACGGUCUGCUCAGCCACAUGGACCUUUCUGUCCUUCCUGUAAAGCGGUUUAACGUGGAAGUUCUGAAGACCAUUGAAAAGUAUGUGCACAGCGUUCACUGGAGAGAAGCUUUGAAUAUCUUGAAGCUGGUCGUUUCUCGAUCUGCCAGCCUUGUCCUGCCUUCCUACCAGCACAGCGAUCUUUCGAAAAUAGAAAUCCAUCGAGUGUGGACUAGUGCUUCUAAGGAAUUACCUGGGAAAACCCUGGAUUUUCACUUUGAUAUUUCAGAGACACCCAUCAUUGGGCGGCGGUAUGACGAACUGCAGAAUUCUUCAGGGCGCGAUGGGAAGCCCAGGACGAUGGCCGUCACCCGGAGCACGUCCUCCACCUCGUCAGGCUCCAACUCCAACGUCCUCGUUCCUGUGAGCUGGAAAAGGCCUCAGUAUUCUCAGAAGAGGACAAAAGAGAAGUUGGUGCAUGUCCUGUCUCUGUGUGGCCAAGAAGUCGGAUUAAGCAAAAACCCGUCGGUGAUUUUUUCGUCAUGCGGGGACUCGGACCUGCUGGAGCACCAGACAAGUUUGGUUUCUUCUGAGGACGGCGCCCGAGAGCAGGAGAACAUGGAUGACACGAACAGUGAGCAGCAGUUCAGAGUCUUCAGAGAUUUCGACUUCCUAGAUGUGGAGUUGGAAGAUGGAGAGGGCGAGAGCAUGGACAAUUUCAACUGGGGUGUGCGGAGGCGGUCCCUGGACAGCCUGGACAAAUGCGACCUGCAGCUGCUGGAGGAGCACCAGCUGUCGGGGCGCACCCCCAGCCUUAGUAAGAUGGACCGCGAGGACUCCGAUGAGUCGUCAGAGGAGGAGGACCUCACCACCAGCCAGCUGCUGGAGCACUCGGACCUCAUCAUGACCCUCUCCCCCUCGGAGGAGGCACAUCACAUGGAGUCGCUCACCAUGGCCUGUGACACCAUGCCUGCUGACCCCCACGCCUUUACCACAGGGAUGGUCGGCUUUGACGCCUCUCUGCCGGAUAUGAAUAACCUGCAAGUUUCUGAGGGUUCUAAGGCGGAAGCUGUGCAGGAGGAGGAAGACACCACAGUGCAUGAAGAUGACCUUUCUAGCUCCAUCAACGAGCUCCCAGCCACCUUCGAAUGCAGCGACAGCUUUAGCCUGGGCAUGACUGAGGCGGAGGAGAAAGGCGACCGAGCGCUGGAUCAGUUUACGCUUGCAAGCUUUGGAGAAGGGGACAGGGGAGUCUCCCCGCCUCCCUCACCCUUCUUCUCUGCCAUCCUCGCUGCCUUCCAGCCCACGGCCUGUGACGACGCCGAGGAGGCCUGGCGCAGCCACAUCAACCAGCUCAUGUGUGACUCGGACGGCUCCUGUGCUGUGUAUACAUUUCAUGUGUUCUCCUCUUUGUUUAAGAAUAUUCAGAAGAGGUUCUGCUUCUUAACCUGCGAUGCAGCCAGUUACCUGGGAGAUAACCUUCGUGGAAUCGGAUCCAAGUUUGUCAGCUCCUCCCAGAUGCUUACCUCCUGCUCAGAAUGCCCCACCCUUUUUGUGGACGCCGAGACUCUCCUUUCCUGUGGACUUCUGGACAAGCUCAAGUUCAGCGUUUUAGAAUUGCAAGAAUAUUUGGAUACCUACAACAACAGAAAAGAGGCCACUCUCUCAUGGCUCGCAAAUUGCAAGGCGACAUUUGCCGGAGGAUCAAGGGAUGGAGUAAUUACCUGCCAACCAGGGGACUCGGAAGAAAAGCAACUGGAACUGUGUCAGAGGUUAUAUAAGCUCCACUUCCAGCUGCUGUUGCUUUUCCAAUCCUACUGUAAGCUCAUUGGCCAGGUGCAUGAAGUCAGUUCCAUGCCCCAGGUAAGUCUGCACAGCCUGCCGAGUCUUCCCGGGAAAUCAGGGCUGGUCUUUUGCUCUUGUCCCUCUUGGGUUUGUAACUCUUCAGGCGAUUUCACUCUCACAUAAGUGUUUUCUUCACACACUAGCUUUCAAAUAAAUGUGUCUCAUAUUUAUCUCCAGACCCGUUUUUAAGGGGUUUUCUGGCGCAGGGUCUGAAUUAGGGUGAAGCA